CUUUGGGGGAGUGAGCACGUCCGGAAGCAAAUCGAGAUGCGAGACCGACUGCAGUCUACAUCGACCACCUACCUCAAGCCACCGCGGGCGAUUGGGGAACAAUGGGGCGGCUCUAUUUGGCGGAACGUCCAUGCGACUCCGCCUCUCAGAUUCCCACUCGCGCGCCGUAGACGACUGCGGGCCUGCGUAUGCCCGCUGCUCGUACAGCGAUGAUGUCCCCCCUCCUCCUGCUCGUUGCGCUGCUCGCCCCCCUCGUCGCGGCAUCGCCGAUCGCGCGGUCGAGCAAGUCCGGGUUCCUCUGCGGCAUCCCGUUCUUCUCGUAUGGCUGCGAGCAGACUCGUGCGGACCCCCUGACCAUCGUGACUUCGCUUGGGACUGCUGUGGGCAGCCUCACGAGCGAUGGGGCGUAUCGCUUCCCCGUCAAGUACGCGAACGCGGAUAGGUGGAAGACAUCGAGCGUGGUGGACAACUGGGAGCUCCCGUACGUCCUCGAUCGUUCAUCUAUACCCAAAGCUUGUCCGCAGCCAAACAUGGACGAAUCCGAGUACUCUGAAGACUGUCUGUCCAUGAUCCUCUACGUGCCCCCUAACCUCUCGGUCUGGGGCGGUGUAUCGACGCUUAUGUGGGUUCACGGCGGCUCCUUCUACGUUGGCUCAGCGAGCAACGACGGCCUCGACGGGUCCAAGCUUGCCAUUGCAACCGGCUCUAUCGUCGCAGUCGUCCAGUACCGUCUCGGUGCCCUCGGGUUUAUGGCGCCUGAUGGUAGCACCAACCUCGCCGUGCAGGAUGUCAUGAACGCCAUGAAGUUCGUACAGGACGUUGUCUCUUCGUUCGGCGGCAACUCGAAGAUCACGAUCGCCGGCCAGAGCAGUGGGGCGAACAUGAUUCGCGCGCUGCUCGCCACGCCGUCUGCAGACAGCCUGUUCGAGUCGGCAAUCCUGCAAAGCGACACAAUUGACUACGGCUUCCUCACUCCAAGCACCCAAUCCACCCUCCAAUCCCACUUCAACGGCCUCAUCAACUGCGCCGACGGCUCCGACUCCUGCACCUCCGCCCUCUCCCUCUCCGCCAUCCUCGACGCCUCGUCCUCCCUCUUCGCGGACGCGCACAACCUCGACCCCUCCGCGACCCAGUUCGCCCCCAUGCGCCCCGUGCACGACGGCGCGCUCAUCACCUCCGCGCUCGACCUCACGUCCUCGCCCUUCCCCGCCGUCUCCAAGCCGCUCCUCCUCACCACCGUCGCGAACGAGGCCGCGCCCACGAUCUACGGCAACAUGCCCGCCCUGGGCGCGGAGUACUUCUUCAAUAUCGCAGCUGCCAGCUACGGCGACGACCGCACGGAGACGCUCGAGAACUCGACGUACUACUCGACGGAGGGCGUCAGCGACAUCCGCCCCGUGCUCGAGAAGCUCGGCACGGACUCGGUCUGGCGCUGCCCCGCGUGGUCGCUCGCGAGGCUGUGGGCCGGCGCGGGGGCGAAUGCCUACGUGGGCGUCUACACCCUCGGCGCGACGUACCCCAGCAACUCCGGCGUCACGCAGUGCGCCUCGGGCGGCCUCGUCUGCCACGAGGACGACAUCUACAUCGUCUUCGGGACGACGCCGAACCCCAGUUCCGCGCAGUCCGCGCUGACGAAGGAAGUGCAGGCGCGGUACAAGGCGUUCGUGUCGGGCGGGAAGCCCAAUGCGGGUGGGUACGCGAAGUGGGGGAAGGCGGGGACGGGGGACGUGAAGCCGUUGAAUCUUGGUGGGACGGGUGCGAUCGAGGUGGGGGCGUGCGACCCAGGGUUCUGGGGGAAGGAGGUGGAGUACGAUUAUCAGGUUUAUGGGGCGUGAGGGUAGUCAGCGUGUUCCAUGCUCUUUCUUAACUGUUGUCCUGAUUCACCUUUUCACGGACUGCCUUUUUUAUUUGCUCUGUCCUCGACCUUUGCCCCACUAAUCAUCCCUUCUGACCUUCACCAAUUGUCCCAAAACCCCAGAUUCGCUUUGAACUCGCCUCCAUCUUGUAGCAUACUCCGGCUUCGUACUUAUGUCCAGCCCACUCCGUCUGUAGCUCUACUGCCCGUUGUCCAUAUGCCACUUGCCCCAAACAUGUCGUUUCCUAUGCUCGUAUCCAGCUCACAUUACUUAGCUCGCUAGAGUUGAUUGCCAAUUUCAUUGACUCGUUUGUCGCCAAC